AGUAACUAAACGCUCACUUCGUUUUGAGUUUUCUCAGCCGCUGUGUCUGCUGUUUAGUUAAACAAUUUAAUAUAGUUUCAUAUUGUGGGGAUGUGUUAAAAGUUAUCAUUUGAACAAAACGUUGCACAGGAUACUUUUCUAAUCUAUAUUAUCAAAAUAGGUUAUUAUCGACCUGUCAAGAAGACAUUUUUUUCGUGAAGCUGUACUUGCAAAAUUCGCAAAAUAGGAGACGAAAACCCCUUUAAGUUUUCAAAUUUUAUAUCGAAUCUGCCACCAAUAGGUGGUAGAGCGAUGCCUCGGUGCAGUAAACGCACGCGGAGCGGCGCGCCCGCCAGCGGCGGCGACGUGCUGCCCGGAGCCACCGCCAUCGACGAACAUCACCACCACAAGCGAUCUAGAAAUAGCAGUUCACGCCGACAUUCCAAAUCAGAAGACACAAGUUUUAGUGUAAAGAAAUGUUUAACUUGGUUCAAAGAAUACACGACAGUUUCAGAACCAGAUGUUUUAGGUCCAGAAGGCAUGGAAAAGUUCUGUGAAGACUUAAAUGUGGAUCCUGAGAAUGUUGUAAUGUUGGUUAUAGCAUACAAAAUGGGAGCAAAACAAAUGGGUUAUUUUACACAAGAAGAAUGGUUAAAAGGUUUAACGGAGUUACAAUGUGACAGUGUGCAGAAAUUGCAGAACAAAUUAGAAUACCUACGCAGUUUACUCAAUGACCCCUAUAUAUUUAAGGCCAUAUACAGAUAUUCAUAUGAUUUUGCAAGAGACAAGGACCAGCGCUCGCUGGACACGGGCACGGCGCGCGCGCUGCUGGGCGUGCUGCUGCCGCGCUGGGCGCUGCGCGGCUGGCUGGCGGAGUUCCUGGCGCGCGAGCGGCGCUACCGCGUCGUCAACCGCGACCAGUGGUGCAACAUCCUCGAGUUCUCGCGCACCGUCGACGCGCACCUCACCACCUACGACGCCGACGGAGCCUGGCCCGUGAUGCUGGACGAGUUCGUGGAGUGGCUCCGCGCGGAGCGGGCGGGCGACGCGGCCAUGCCGGGCGCCAGCUGAGGCGCGGCCGCGCGCGGCGCCGCCCUCGCGCGACACUAGCCCGCCCGCCGGGCCCGCACUCCGCCAUCACACUACGCCAGGGGAAGGGUUGCCAUGACAUGUCGCAGCCUCUAAUAUCAAACUACUUUUCAUUGCUGUGUUUUCAAGCCAUAAACACCCGAUCUGUUUGACUAUUGCUGAUAUUAUACAAUUACAUUCUGCUGUUAACAAAAACAAUUGAAAGGCAAGUGGAAUUUGUUUCUUGUACCCUUUUUAAAUCUUCAUUUCCUUAGUACUUUCAAUUGUAAAACAAUAUUCAUAUGUCAGUACUUGUAAAACUACUAUUAGUAAAUCUAUAAAGAGAAUUAAAAAACGCCAGUGUUAUUCAUUCCAAAAUUAGGUUGCACAAUUGGUGAUUUUAACUCUUCAGAUAUUCAAACAAGUUCUAUACAUGUGUGUAACUCCAAGUCACUGAUAUUGUUGUGACAUUAAGCUCGACAAUAUGGAGUGGAUAGGUUUUUGUAAUGAUAGGUAUUAAGAGAAUGACUUACAAGGAAGCGGUCUGAUGAGGAAUGUCAGACAUGAGUGUACAGCAUGGUGUGAUACUUGCAAGCAAUGGUAAGCCCUUUACUCUGUAGGCCUCUCUAGUAUGUAGCUAUGACACUGGUACGGACUGCAUAUAUAUUUAUUUAUAUGUUUAAAGAGUUUUGGGUAUGGUCGUUGCAAUUGCUGUUAACUUUCUAUUGGACUUUUUUUAUACAUAGUUAAGCAUAUACCUAACUAUAUUUUUUAAACAUUCUGUUGGAACCUAAAAUACAGAAGACCAAAAAAUAUUUUUUAAUGACAUCCGCGCUUAAUUUUAGUUACAAUUGUAUAAAACAAUAUUUGGUUGAUAUCAGUGUCAUAUCUACGUCUAGUUACAUCGUAAAAAUAAUUGUAUAGAUUAACUCCCAUACUAUACAACUCAAGCUCAUUCACUGUUUUUUUUUUUGUGUGUAAAAUUUAAGCCAUAAAGGUUUUUUUCUAAAUAUUGAGUGAAUAAAGCAGGGAAAUUAAAUUAUUGCAUAUAUUAAUGAAUUAGAAUCAAAUAAUGCUUAUAGUAAUUAACAAUAAAGAAUGAGGUGAUCGAAAUAUGUAUAAAUGACAAAAGAGGAUGAUUACUGCAGCUGAUAAAUUAUAAAAUAGCCUUAAUUUAUUUAUUUAUCAAGGAUAUAUGAUUUUUUGUUCUUCACAAAAAUGUGAAUAUUGUAUCAGCUUUUACUAAUCGUAUAUUAGCUUCAGUUGGCGCUAAAAAUCGCGCUUACCGCGAGCUCUACAAUCAGGGUUGUAGUUAAAAACGAGACACCACUACGCCCUGUGUAUGCGGCGACUCACUUCAGUGGCGACAGUUCUGCUUUAAGAACUCAUUUUAACCUCUUUUGCCAUCUGUACGAAUCUAUACCUUACAUUUUAUAUCAGCAUUGUCCAACUUGCAUUAAUUCAUUAUUUUGUCCACAUCUUUAAAAUUAUAAUAAUGCUAGGAAAUACAGCAUUAUGCCAAUAAUGCCAAAAUAUAAAAGCGUGUGAGAACAUUAUAGUGUGUUUGUUUUGUUCGCGGACAUUUCUAAUUUAUACAUUAUCGUGCAAGAUUCUCUGUAGUGUUUAGAGAAUGUAAACUACUUGUACCAAUUACAUAACAAAUAAACAGUAGGUAUUGUUUAUAAAAUAUAGUUCUUAGUUAUUACACAUUCUCUUUUGAAUGCCCUUAUGAAAUAAUAUCCUUAUUUUAUUUACGCAAAGCAUGUUGCAUUAUUUUCCUAUUAUUUCACAAAUUAUGUAAAUAUAAAAUUAAUUAUCGCUUUGUUUGGCCAACACGAGGAGCUUGAUAUUUCAUGGUCAGUACAUAAUAUCGUAUUUUAUAUGUAUUAUUUGUGUUAUUAACUUAUUAGUCAUAAGUUUACGUGUAUAUUUUUAGCAUUUAUUUUAGAUGUAUGUAUAUUAUGAUUUCUUCACCGCUCCUCACGUAUCUAUCCUACGAAAUGAAAUACGCAAUCUCAUUAUGUAUCAAAUCUGUGGAAGCAAUGUGUUGAUUAUAUUUUUGCCCACCGAACGAUGUUAUUUUAUUUGCAAUAAAACAGUACAACAAACAGGCGAGACAACUAUUGAACAGGAGAUGUGUAUAUUAUUUUGGACCAGUAGCCAACACACGGUGGGAUUACUUUAAUGUAUUGCAAUUUGAUAGUGCUUUAACUGUCUGAUGUCUGCUGCUGACGGCCUUUCGACUGAUUUUGAACACAAUGCAUAGGAUACCUGUUAUUUGAAUGUGUGAUUAACAUCUCAGGUCAUAAUUAUAAUUUCAUAUAGGACUAGCGCGUAAUGAAGAUUCUGUACUGUUUCAUACAUAUUGAAGGGUAUAAAAAAGGAAACUUAUUAAUUUAAAUAUUUUUGUAUAAGAUGUUAGAAACUUGAGAUAAACGAAGGAGUUAAGGAUGUAUCGCACAUUCACAUAAAGCUAUGAUAUAAAUCCGUAAUACACACUUCAAACUUUAGACUGGACUGCCGAGGCCACUAUGAAUCAUGUUCCAAUAGACUAGCUUUGUGUCUAGUCUAAACACUAGGUUUAGGUGUAGAUAUCGUUUUAUAUAAGACGUGUAGGUAGUAUAUUCAAAUUCUCUGAUUAUAAGUAAAUGGUUUCUCUGUAAGAAUGCCGUGUUUACAAAGUUAAUACAAAACAUUCUGGCCAUUAUACCGGAUGUUAUUACAUGAGGAAUAAAUAAAAACAUUUGAAAGUAAA